AUGAUUGAGGUGGUCUGUAAUGACCGUUUGGGAAAGAAAGUCCGGGUAAAAUGCAACUCAGAUGACACCAUCAAGGAUCUGAAGAAACUCAUUGCAGCUCAGACAGGCACACGGUGGGACAAGAUAGUGCUAAAGAAAUGGUACACGAUAUUUAAGGACCACGUGACACUCUCUGACUAUGAAAUCCACGAUGGAAUGAACCUGGAAUUGUACUACCAAUAA